GCCUCGGAGCCUCCGAGCCCCGGGAUGUCCCCGCCCCGCGGUGUCCCCGCCCCGGAAGGCGGCGGCGGCUCCAAUGGGUGCGGCUGUUGCUGGGCCGUGCGGGUGACAUUGGGCACGGACAUGGUGGUGGCGGCGCUGGGCCGGGCGGCGGCGGCGCGGCUGCUGCGGGCCGGGGUGGCCGCGCCGGGGCGGCGGCGCGCGGGCGGCGGCGGGGUGCACAUCGCGCCGCGGUACCGGCAGGUCCCGGAGCUGACGCGGGCGCAGGUGAUCCGGAGCGAGUUCCUCAGCGGCCUCAUGUGGUUCUGGAUCCUCUGGCACUUCUGGCACAGCUCGGACAUGGUGCUGGGACACUUCCCGUAUCCCGACGCUUCGGCCUGGACGGACGAGGAGCUCGGGAUUCCUCCGGACGACGAGGAAUAGGCGCGUCCAGCCGCGGGGGCCGGCAGCACACGGGUCCCUGGAACUAAUGAGGCUCUUGGAACCAAAGUUUUGGCUCCUGGGUCCUUAUUUCAAUAAAACUGUAAACAAAGUCUCAGCUAAA